AUGGCUCCUUGGUCGCAACGUCAUGCUCCACCUCCUCGUCCUCCUCCUCUCCGUCGACCUUCCGCCGAUGUUAUCUCCCGGAUACACAGCCCCUCCUCUUUAACUGCACCGCCUGGCCAGCUUGGACGACUGCCAGACUAUGUGCUUUUGGAUAAUUCCCAACUGCAUGCCGCCGACGAGAGCUCUUCCGAAUCCGACUUCCACCCCAGACGUCCGCGGCGACCGACCCAUUCCCGAUCCAUGAGCCACCCCUUUCCAGCGCUGUUCUCCAAAAAGAAGCGCCCUGAACCGACGACCUACGAGACCGACUCUGACUCCGAUGAUGCGCCCGUCAUGACCAAAUCAUUGGGGAACACGCAGAAAAACACACACAAGCGAGGCGGUGCCAACGGCAGCAGAGAUGGCGGCAGCAGAGACUUUGCUACAGGUAACUGCAUGACUUGCGGUUCCCUGGUGCGCUGGCCGCGCGACCUGAGGGUCUUCAAAUGCACCGUGUGCCUCACCAUUAAUGACCUCCCUCCCGAUCAGCAAGCGAGGGCCAACGCUGGUCCCAAAUGGCUUCAGCGCCCGUCCCAGGAUUCAACCUCGCCCCAGAAGCAACCUCCCCGCCCUGCCGACCGAUACGAGGCCAGACCCAUUUCCCUCGACCAGACUAAGAGACUGAUCCGGCAAUGCAUUCGCAACCACCUGACGAGAGCCAUUAGGAGGACCUCGAGCUUUGAAGAUGAGCGCCGCGAAGUUCUCGAGAAGCACCUGGCCCCUAGCCACGCGGACAAUGGCGACCGCCCAUGCACCUCGAGACCAAUGGGCCCCGGACUUCACAGGCGGCAGAACAGUCACGACAACAGACCGGCCUACCUUUUCCCAGAACAGCCCACGCUGCACCCAAACCCGCAACGAGCGCCCCCACCGUCCAGAUCCUUCUCCUCUUCAUAUCCAGAACGGCCUCCCUCCAUGCGGCAACUCGCGGCCGAGGCUAGUGGACCCCGGCCGGCGGACCCGAGAUGUUGGCAAGCUGAUGAUCCGAAGAGAAUCUUCAAGCCUCUUGAGGACUACAUCAUGACCUGCUUCAACUCAUUCCAUUGUGUGAAUUCGUCCUUCUUGUCUCGUCGCCCAGCCCCGGCAGUUCGGUCAGGUAGUGAGUCUGCUCAAAGACGACCUUCCCUUCCACGACCCGAGCCGAGGCAUCCGGAGCAGUACAGUGAGACCCCCAUUAUUGACCUCGAUCCUAAACUGCUUCUGCUGGGAGACUUUGCCGAGAACGGAACAUGGUGGACAGGCAGUCAGAGUCAGAGUCAAAGUGGGGCACGGCAUAAGAGGUCGGCUUCACAUCGGAUUGAUGAGACGCCAUCUUUCGUCACGCCUCGCUCUGCGCAGGUUGAGUGGAACGAAGUAGCUGAAUGGUAUCGAACGAUACUCAACGCAGCUGAGUCUUGGAUGGCCGUCUAUGAAGAGAUGAACCGAGAGGCAGGGGCCGGUGCCGAGCCGGGGACGCCAGUACCGGACCCUUUGUCGGCCACGGAACUGCGAGCUUUGGAGUCUCAGCUACUUCACGGACAGGAGCAUACUCAUAGAGCGCUCCUGAAAGCCACGGAGAAUCUGUUGAAACGACCUGGUCGCCCUAUGACAGACCCCGAGGACCUGCGAUUCCUCCUCAUCGUCUUGGAAAACCCGCUCCUGCACGGCGAGCCAAACACUUUCCAGGGACAAGGGCGUCGGAAGGAGACGAGAAGACCCGACGUGCCCAAGCAAGAAGGCUCGGCUGUGAAGACUGGACCUGUUUCGGGACAACAUUCCGUCAUCAUCAAACGAAUUUUAGGCUUGAUAUCAAAUUCGUCAAACACCUGUCAAAACCAUCUCAUUACUUGGUUCGCACGGUAUACAGAGUCCAGAUUUAUCAAAGCCAAAGACUUGGCCGCUGGCUUUUUGACAUACAGGCUCAUUCGACAGAAUGAGAAGAAACAGGAAGUCAGGGUGGACAUCACCGCUGGGUUGAUUCCGAACAUGAGUGCCGGCCACCACUCAGCCGCCUCGCUUCACGCGGCGCUGGGAACUCAAAAUGCUCCUUCAAAGAAACAAAAGGAGCAACAGAAGAAGAUGGUUUACAACGAAGACUGGCAGAUCAAAGCUGCCGCGCGGGUUUUGGCUCUCAUAUUUGCGGCCAAUAACAUGACGCAUAUUCGACGGCCAGAUCAGACGGCAAGCACCUCCAGUAGCACCACCCACAGAGGCGGCAUUCAGGCGCACGGGCAAAUCAUUCCGACGAGCGACUUUUACAACACCAUGAUUGACUACACCGACCUAGUGGCCGAAUUCGAGGCUUGGGAAUCGAAGCGGGGCCGGUUCUCUUUCUGCCAGUACCCGUUCCUGUUGAGCAUGUGGGCGAAAUCUCAGAUUCUAGAGCAUGAUGCCCGCAGACAGCAAAUGACGAAAGCUCGGGAUGCCUUCUUUGACAGCAUCAUGACGCGGAGGGCUGUCACUCAGUUUCUAGUGCUUGAUGUUCGAAGAGAGUGCCUCGUGGAUGAUAGCCUGAAGGCGGUGAGCGAAGUCAUUGGAAGCGGUAGCGAAGACAUCAAGAAGGGGUUGCGCAUCGUUUUUAAGGGCGAGGAAGGCCUCGAUGCCGGUGGUCUGAAAAAAGAAUGGUUCCUACUCCUCGUCCGGGAGGUGUUCAAUCCUGACCAUGGCAUGUUCAUCUACGACGAGGACUCACAGUUCUGCUACUUCAACCCCAACUCCUUCGAGACCUCUGACCAAUAUUUCCUGGUGGGCGUCGUUAUGGGUCUGGCCAUCUACAACUCGACUAUCCUGGACGUGGCAUUGCCACCUUUCGCUUUCCGCAAGCUUCUUGCGUCAGCGCCCAGCUCUUCAACCGGACCUUCCGCCCAUCCGCGACCAAAUAUGAAUUACACCCUGGAGGAUCUCGCAGAAUACCGACCACGACUAGCGGCGGGACUACGCCAAUUGCUAGAGUUUGACGGCGAUGUUGAGGAAACUUUCCAGCUCGACUUUGUUGUCGAUGUCGAGAAGUACGGGAUCAUUACCCAAGUACCUCUCUGCCCAGGCGGAGAGAGAAAGGCAGUGACCAACGCCAACAAAUGGGAGUACGUGAGUCUCUAUGUUCGCUACCUGCUUGAGACAGCAGUCACACGCCAAUUCGAGCCGUUCAAGCGUGGUUUCUACACUGUCUGUGGAGGCAACGCCCUCUCGCUGUUCAGGCCGGAGGAAAUUGAAUUGUUGGUGAGAGGCUCAGACACAGCACUCGACGUGGAUGCUCUCAGAGGUGUGGCCGAGUACGACAAUUGGGGGACCAAGACUCCUGACGGUGUCGAACCUGUCGUUGGCUGGUUUUGGGAAACCUUCAAGGAGGCGACACCGGACGAGCAGAGGAAACUGCUCUCCUUUAUUACGGGCACUGAUCGAGUGCCGGCAAUGGGAGCUGCUCUGCUUCCCAUCAAGAUAACGUGUUUGGGCGAAGAUGAGAACAGGUAUCCCAUUGCCCGAACAUGCUUUAACAUGUUGUCCUUGCGGCGCUACGGGUCCAGGGAGAGACUGGAACAAAUGUUAUGGACUGCUGUCUACGAGAGCGAGGGCUUUGGACUGAAAUAA